AACCACUUGAAUGGCCUGCAGUUCGUGCCCGACCUGUUCGCCAUUCCCUGGUUCCUCACGAUGUUUACGCACGUCCUGCCAUUGCAUCAGAUAAUGCACUUAUGGGACACUCUGUUGUUGGGCAACGAAUCGUUUCCACUGUUUAUCGGACUCUCGAUAUUGAAUCAAAUGAGAGACCAGUUAAUGAGUUUCACAUUCAAUGACUGUAUUCUCGUAUUCUCUGAUUUGCCGCAAAUCGAUAUCAAUAAAUGUGUUAAAUAUGCGAUCAAACAGUUCUGCGCCACUCCUAAGAGCACCGCUCAGAGAGGUAUCUGGCCUUUGGAGCAGUUGAAAGCAGACAACUGUCCACUCAUUGACAUAUCAGACGUCAUAUCAUUCGUUAAGAGCGACAAAUCGACGAAAGUAGUGAUCAUUGACUGCCGACCCAAAGAGGAAGUGCUUAGAUUCGGCCGAAUCCGUGACGCGUGGGUUAAGGAUGAGUACGACAUGUCCUCCACAUCGUGUCACUUAACUAUUGUCGUGAAUGAUGUGACCAAAUGUCUGGAACUGAUUGCGAACAAUGUGUUGAGA